UGAGUAACUCUGGAGCCCAGUAGAGCGCGGCUGAUGGGGGCCCGCGGGCGGGAGCCGGCCGGGGUGUCUCCGCCCCCGGCCCUCUAAUUGCCCAGCCGAACAGCGGCGUCCGGGCCCUGGGGACCCGCGAGCGCAGCCUGGGCCCGCGCGGAGCUCCCGGGACGGCGAGCGGGACGGAGGCUAAACGAAAGCUACAGCCAUGGCCCUGGGGCUCUUCCGCGUGUGUCUAGUGGUGGUGACGGCCAUCAUCAACCACCCGCUGCUGUUCCCGCGGGAGAACGCCACGGUCCCCGAGAACGAGGAGGAGAUCAUCCGCAAGAUGCAGGUGCACGAGGAGAAGCUGCAGCUGGAGCAGCUGCGCCUGGAGCAGGAGGUGGCGCAGCUGGCGGCCAGGAAGGAGGCGCUGGAGCAGGUGGCCGAGGAGGGCCAGCAGCAGAAUGAGAGCCGCACGGCCUGGGACCUCUGGAGCACCCUGUGCAUGAUCCUGUUCCUGGUGAUCGAGGUGUGGCGGCAGGACCACCAGGAUGCGCCCUCUCCCGAGUGCCUGGGCGCUGACGAGGACGAGCUGCCCGCCCUGCACGGCGCCCCCCUCCAAGGCCUCGUCCUGCCCAACAAGGCCACAUUGGACCACUUUUACGAGCGCUGCAUCCGGGGGGCCACAGCAGAUGUGGCCCGCACCCGGGAGUUUGUGGAAGGCUUUGUGGAUGACUUGCUGGAAGCCCUGAGGAGCCUGUGCAACCGGGACAGGGACAUGGAGGUGGAGGAUUUCAUUGGCGUGGACAGCAUGUAUGAAAACUGGCAGGUGGACAAGCCCCUGCUGUGCCACCUCUUUGUGCCCUUCAUGCCCCCUGAGCCCUACCACUUCCACCCAGAGCUCUGGUGCUCCAGCCGCUCGGUGCCCUUAAAUCGCCAGGGCUAUGGCCAGAUCAAGGUGGUCCGGGCUGACGAGGAUACGCUGGGCUGUAUCUGUGGCAAGACCAAGCUUGGGGAAGACCUGCUGUGUCUCCUCCAUGGCAAGAACAACUUGGUGCAGCCCAGCAACGAGGUGGAAGACCCACUGUGUGCCAGAGGUUCCCCAUACCUGGACACGAUGCAGGUCAUGAAGUGGUUCCAGGUGGCCCUCACCAGAGCCUGGCACCGCAUUGCCCACAAGUAUGAGUUCGACCUGGCCUUUGGCCAGUUGGACGCCCCGGGGUCCCUCAAGAUCAAGUUCCGCUCGGGGAAGUUCAUGCCCUUCAGCCUGAUCCCUGUGAUCCAGUGUGAUGACUCGGACCUGUACUUUGUCUCCCAUCUUCCCAGGGAGCCCUGCGGGGGGACCCCGGCGUCCAGCACUGACUGGCUCCUGUCCUUCGCUGUCUAUGAGCGACACUUCCUCAGGAUGACAUCGAAGGCACUGCCUGAGGGUGCCUGCCACCUCAGCUGCUUGCAGAUUGCCUCCUUCCUGCUGUCCAAGCAGAACCGCCUGACCGGCCCCAGCGGGCUGGGCAACUACCACCUGAAGACAGCCCUGCUGCACCUCCUGCUCUCCCGGCGGGCCACCGACUGGAAGGCCGGGCAGCUCCCCGCCCGCCUGCAGGAGCUGCUCUGCUUCCUGGAGAGGAGCCUGCUGGAGAAGAAGCUCCAUCACUUCUUCAUCGGCAACCGCAAGGUGCCUGAGACCAUGGCACUCCCCGAGGCCGUGCGCAGGGCCGAGCCCCUCAACCUCUUCCGGCCCUUCGUCCUGCAGCGGAGCCUCUAUCGGAAGACAGUGGACUCCUUCUAUGAGAUGCUCAAGAACGCCCCAGCGCUCAUCAGCGAGUACUCCCUCCACAUCCCCUCAGACCACGCCAGCCUGCCCCAAAAAGCUGUCGCCAUGUAGAGCAGCUGGAACCUCGGGGGCCAAGGUGCAAGGCAUCCCACACGUCCACACCCCUGGGGGCAUCUGCAGGCCCUGUCCUGAGAAGACGGCGGGCUUCGUUGGGAGCCUGCCAGAAGCCAGGCCCUAUACUGUGGAGGAAGCACAAUUCCAAGCUGGAAGCUACUUUGCUUUCGUGCCAAUAGGGCCUGCUGGCGAAGCUGUUAUCCGUGUUUGGGGACUGAGCCCUUGCAGCUUACUUUUGGAUCAUCACGAAUGGGCAAGAUGGUGACAGAACUCGAUGGACAUGGCAUUGGAGACAAUGCAACAUCACUUUGGGUGUGAUUCUGUUUACAUCCCAGGUCCAGCCGUUACUUGAAUGGCAGCAGAGGAUUGAAGGAAUGCUGACAGGGGUGCGUGUUAAGACCGUGCACCCCUAUUUACAGUAACCCUUGGCCCCAGGCAUUUGCAACCAAAGCACUAAUAGGGACAGAUGUGGAAAUUCACCACUUUCCAUCCAUAGCCUGCACAAUAGGGGUCCCACCAUGGCUGCCAUUUUUUAUACUAUUUGGAGAAAAGAUCUAGUUAGAGAAACAAAGCCCCAAGUGGCUAAUGUCUCUGUUGCACAGAAAUGGGUACUUGGUGGCAGAGAGAAGUUUUAAGUUGGCUACUUUUCAGCUACACAUCCCAUUCAGGGUGCACCCCAUUCAGGGUGCACCCUUCUUCCUGCCCCUUUCCCCAGCUUGCUGUGUCCCAUGGGUACCAUAUACCAUGCUGGGUACUAAUUCAGUGGUCCCUCACCCCUCUUAUUUAUCUCCACAGCUUGUGGGGGAGGGCAGGCGCUGAAGGUAGAAACUGGUAGAGAGAUGCACAGGGUGACUGGGGUGAAAGGCAGCCUGGCACCCGAGGUGCUGGGGUCUGGCCUGCAGUCUGACCUCUGAUGCCCAGUCUAGAGGAAGUUUCAGAGCUGAGAGGUGAGGAAUGCCGUAGCCCUGUGUCCUCCUCAGGGUCCCAGUCCUAGAGCAGAGUGUACCUUACUAGCCGCACAGACGACUGACACCCUAAGAGUUUGACAGAGGCUCGGCUGACUGGGAACACACAGAGACAGCACUGCGGGCACAGCCCCAGGCCUCUGAGAGGCCACCUCGGCACUGGUGGGGCCUGCGGUCACUUGGCGGGCACCAGAGCCUGCGGUUGGAGCUGGCCUCUGUCUCCAGGCCUGGUUCAGGAGGGUUGGGAAACCGUUCCUCCUCCACUUGUGGCUUCACUGGUCCUUUGGGGUUUUCUGUAUUGGCAUUGCCUCCGUAACCCCUGCAAGGACCAAGGAGGAGGCAAGAAUGAGUGCGCCUUCACCAGCAGCUGGGUUCUCUCUCCAGGGCGAAAGCUGGCCGUGCCUCCCAGACAGCAUACCCAGUUCCACGGGGUGUCAGGCUCACCACGAACUGAAGAAAGGAUAUUGUCCCAACCCAGAAGCGCUCUCACCUGGCCUCAGAGUGCUCAAGAUGGACAGUUUGCCUGACAGGGUUGAGGGAGGGAGGCUCACCCACAAUGGAGCACUGAAGCCUAUAGGAAGCCUUCCAUGUGAGCUGGAGUUAGAGCAGGGCUUGAGCCUGCCCCUCCCCAGGCCCACAAUGGCCAGGACCAAUCCUGCCCAUGUGGUCUCCAGCAGUAGCCCCAAGCCCCUCAUUCUGCUGGGAUUCAUUUCCAGAAUCGGGGUGAAUUUCCUUAUUUAUUAUCCCCUGUGCCUUUCUUUCCCCUUCUUCAUCUUUAUCUUGUUGUGCUUGGAAGAGGCCCCAGCAACCAAGAACCGCCCUCCAGAGGCCAAGACCAAGUCCGACACUCCUUCGGCUUCCCCUUUGCUUCCAGGAGAAAAUUCAGUGAAAAAAUACUUUGUUUAUACAGAGAAGACAGAACUCAGCAGGGAAAUGGGGAUCUUUUAUGCACCAAAGCAGCUUCUGAAGCAGAAAGCAGCAAGGCUCUUGAUGUUUCAUGCUGCCUUAUUUAUAUUAAAGGAAGAAUUAAAUUCUUGCAAGUAGAAACCGGUCACGGUGUUUGUCACUUCUGGAAAUCUGUAAGGUUCCUGGGCAGAGUUGGGAAGGGGGGUGGAUUUGGUGGAUUUCCUAUUGACAAGCAGACGCUUUCACUCUUUUUAAUUCUUAUGCUUUCAGGAAACUUUUAAAAAAAUAGCAAAAUAGAACAUUUCUUUCCCAUCUUUGAGGCAGCCUAGAGGGUAGAGUCUAGCCCAAGACCUUAUUUGAAGAGCUUGAUGGGUACAGAGAAAGGUGAGAUCUGCAAGUAACAGGGAGCUUUUGGUUUUCAAGGAGAGAGAUUGUCUUAAACGGAAGAGUUUUAGCCCUUUAGGACCCCUAGGCCUUUCCACUGAGGACAACUCCACCAUCUUUCUCUGAGGAACCUUUUUCCUUCCCCAGGAUUCAUGGCUUUACCCAGGAUCUGCUCACUCACUGUGCAGAAUGCUCCAGGGCUGCUUUGCUGAGCCUCUUGACAAGGCUGAAGUGAGUAGGGUCAGCCCAAGGCCCAGAGGUUAGUUAGGUUGGGGAGGGCCCUACAUCCUCAAAAGCCUCGCUGAAGCACAGACCAGGUUGAGAACCUGGGACCAGCACUUUGGUUCAUAAUCAGGGUCACCAAAAACACCUGGAGAGCUUGGUCAAAUGCCCAACCCCACCUUGAACCUGCACGGUACCCAAGUAAGACAUCAUCUCAUAGCUCCCUCUAGUGACUGAUGACACCCCAGUUGAGGAUGGCUUUUUAUAUCCUUUCCAAAUGGAAAGUUAAAGAAAACCCCUGAGGACUGCUUUCCCUACAGAGCUGUUAGAAGACAGACGUGGGAGACGCUGACAAGCCUGCUUGGCGUCUACCACCCAAGUGGCAUCAGCUUCCCAUGGGUGCCCCACACUCACACCUGUGACGGGAGCAGAGCGAGGGCGGGGGAGGGAAAAGCUGGUGAGCACUUCUUUCUAGCAGGUUAUUAAUGGUCUACGAGCCUUUAUUGGGAGCUUACAUACAUGAGGUAUUGUGAAAGAAAAAUAAACAGGACCAAGCCUGUGCCCUGGGAAGGCCAGUAAGGUGGCCUCCCAGAUCCUCACCUGUGAAAAGCCAUAAGAAAGAUGGAAGUGUGCUACUGGUGAAGUCAAAGGGGAAGCCCAGUUAGGACCUGCCUCUCCAGGGGUUACCCCGCCGUAACCACAUGGCUAUCACCCUGGUACGAGUUUCUGGGCCAUGCUGCAGAUUUCAGUGGAGUCUCUAGGAGUCGGGCUCAGAAAUAUGCAUUUUGCCAAGUUCCCCAGGUGACUGAAAGUUAAAGAACCACUGAUAAUGUGGAGGUGAUUAGGGCAGGCCUCAAGGUGGGGUGCUACCUGAUCUAGCUUCUCCCAGGAAAAGCAUUCCAGCCAGAACCAUGGAAUGAGGGUGCGAAAGCCUAACAGAUUUAGGCAGCAUUUAAGUAGCACCUGCUGUGUGCCAGGCACACUUCUAUGUACCUUUAUAUAAAGUUAUUUAGUUCCUAUGUCAACCCUGUGAUGUAGGUACUGUUAUUUUCUAGAUUAGAAAACUGAGGCACAGAAGGGUUAAGUGACUUGUCCAAAGUCACAUGGUGGUAAACAAACAGGAUUCAAACUGAGGCACUGCUGGAAUAUGUGCUGAUACAUACUGAGAAAUCAUAUAGCAAAUGAGUUUGAAAAUGUUGAGUAGGGCCGACCACAGAAAGCCUUGAAUGCUAAGCUAAGGUAAAUUUGAACUUGUAAUAAGUUAUUUCAUAAUAAAAUUUGGACUUCA